AUGAUCGAACUUCGUGAGUCGCCGGAGCAUGGCCCAGCGCCGAGUCCCCACCGCGACAGCGCGCGCUCGGCGUCGUCCUUCCUCUCUGCCCGGUCCUCCCUGGCCUCACAACCGGACGUGGAGGACCUCGUGGCCAUGCAGCGCAGCAUGCGCCGCGGUAUCCGCCGGGAAUACUGCCUUGGAGGGCUUUGCCUCGUGGGGCCCCUGGUGGGCUUUGGGAUCCUCUUGAUCCUGUGCGUCUACUUUGCGCGAAAGCACUGCGACGAGAACCUGGCAUCGACCUUGGGUAUGCUGGGAGCGCUGCAUCUUGGCAUGGGGGCGCUCUCUAGCGUUGGCCUACUAUGGAUGUCUUGCCAGGUGGGGAGGCUUGUGGCCUUCCGCUAUGCCGCCUUCAAGCUAAAGGAGCGAGGGGACGGCGACGGGCAGACGACUGCCGAAGCGGCCGCCGAGCUGGAGCUGCGCAG